GCCCACGCAUCUAUACUAUACACACACACACACCAACAUACAAUUCCAUUCCGAUAUUUAGUGUUUAAUUUUUUGUAUAUUUGUGUGUCUCUUUUUUACUAUAAUGGGUGAGGGAAAAAAAAUCUGAGUGGUGGGGAGUGCGACAGAGCAUGUAUAUAGAAACGGUAAAAACGAGAGCAACUCCUCAUCAUCAUCAUCAUCAUCUUCUUCUUCUUCUUCUGUAUAUAUAUACUCCAUAAAUAGGUCGACAUAUACAUAUACAGAGAGAGAGAGAGAGAGAGAGAGAGUAGUAAUGGGGAGAGGGAGAGUGCAACUGAAGAGAAUAGAGAACAAAAUUAAUCGACAGGUGACCUUCUCGAAGCGGAGAUCGGGACUUCUCAAAAAGGCAAAUGAGAUCUCUGUCCUCUGCGACGCCGAUGUAGGCUUGAUCGUCUUCUCUACCAAGGGAAAACUCUUCGAAUAUGCUACUGAUUCAUGCAUGGAAAGGAUCCUUGAACGGUAUGAAAGAUAUUCAUAUGCUGAAAGGCAGCUAAAAGAGCCAGACCCUGAUUCACCGGCAAGCUGGACUUUGGAGCAUGCUAAGCUUAAGGCAAGAAUGGAGGUUUUGCAGAGAAACCAGAGGCAUUAUAUGGGAGAAGAUCUGGAUACUCUAAGCAUGAAAGAGCUGCAAAACUUGGAACAUCAACUUGAUGACUCUCUUAAACACAUUCGCAGGCGCAAGAACCAACUCAUGAAUGAGUCCAUUUCAGAGCUCCAGAAAAAGGAUAAGGCACUGCAGGAGCAAAACAACUUUCUAGCAAAGAAGAUAAAGGAGAGAGAGAAAGAGGCGGCGGCGGCAAUGGAGCAACAACAAAACCAUAACUUGAACUCUUCUGGUUAUGAUAAUAUGGGAAUGGGAUCCUUCAACAACAGCAAUGAGAUGUAUCGAGUUGAAAAAGAAGGUGCAGCAGCAGCAGCAGCAGCAGUAACACAACACCAAAAUCAAUUUUCGAAUCCGGUAAUGCCGACGUGGAUGCUACACUCAUGAACGAAUCCAUCAUAUUUUGUGUAUGUAUAAGAUGCUACAUAGAUUUAAAACGAAUCCAAAUGUAACCAAAAAAAAAGAAUUGGGGUUUUAUGUCAUGACGAAAAACAAAUCUCUAUGGAAUUCGUCAAAACAAUAUACUAGUAAUAUGCGUGUAGUGAUUGAUUAAUUACAACUUUUUAUUAUGUGCUA